GAUUCCGUUUCGGGGCCCAGUGACGGUAGACCUGGCGAGUGAAGGUGCGCCUUCAUAAAGUUGUUGGCGCUGAAGCCGCUGCGACUGUAGCCCCCCCCCCUCUACAAACACCUUCUCCUUCUCGCCGUUGGUGGCCGACGGCUUUGAGCUUCUUGUCUGACCGAGAGGAUAUUUGUUUUGAUUUCAGGUCACAAGUUCACAUCAACCGGAUCGCCUGUCAGGAUUGAGCCAGGCCUGAGGCCUGUAAACUCUUGUCUGCGUCUUGGUCAUUGACAGGAGGAGCUCCGAAAGAGAAUCGCUCGGAGGAGCUGCUUGGCCCUCCCCUCCUCCACUACACAAACUCCCCCACCCUCCUCUCGCUCUCCUGCACUCACCCCUCUUUUCGAGGGCUGCCGUCAUUAAGUCACGAUGUGCAGUGUGAAUACGGGCAAUUAAAAAACGUGUCCGAAAAAGAGAGCGUAACUACAACCUUGUCCCGUCAGGUGGUGGGAAGGAAACCAGCUCGAAUUCUGACAAGCAACUCGGGGAUUUGUUCCCGUGUCCUAGGCCUAAGAAGUUUCAUUUCAUUUAUUGCUUCCACACACACACUCGCUCGCACCCCUUUUCUCUCCCUCCGCCGUUGUUGAAGCUAAAUGACGGUGUAUCAACGCCGACCUAAUGGAGUGAUCGGUGGAUUAUCAAAAGCUGGGGAUCUGCGAGGAGAAGGGAUGCGUGAAUUGCUGCUGAUUUAUCGAUAUAGGUGUAUUGCUGAAUGGAAGAUGAUUCGUUGUUUUGUAUAGAAAUCUGUUGUGGGUGUUUAUGUGUAAAUAUCAUUUAUAUAUAAAGUCAUUUGGGGGGAUUUUUUGUCAUACGCUGAGAGAAAAAAACGUGUCACUCUGGAUCAGGAAGUAGUUCGAGGCGAGUUUCCUCUCUUCACUUUGACCGAAGCUCCUCACCAGUCCCCUAUGCCUUCAGCACUCGCCAUCUUCACCUGUCGGCCGAACUCUCACCCUUUUCAGGAGCGCCAUGUCUACCUGGAUGAACCUGUCAAAAUUGGCAGGUCGGUGGCUCGCUGCAGACCAGCUCAGAACAAUGCAACUUUCGACUGCAAAGUGCUAUCUAGAAACCAUGCUCUCAUCUGGUUCGAUCACAAAACGGGCAAGUUCUAUCUUCAGGACACUAAGAGUAGUAACGGUACAUUUAUUAACAGUCAGCGUUUAAGUCGAGGAUCAGAGGAAAGCCCUCCAUGUGAGCUCCUGUCAGGUGACAUCAUUCAAUUUGGUGUAGAUGUGACCGAGAACACCAGGAAAGGUAAGGUCACUCAUGGAUGCAUAGUGUCUACAGUCAAACUCUUUAUUCCGGAUGGAAUGGAAGCCAGACGACGGUCUGAUGUCAUCCAAGCUCCUCUACCACUUCCUGUUGAAAAGGUAGCUGCUAAUUCUCCCAGUAUGUACUCUCAGGAACUGUUUCAGCUCUCGCAGUACUUACAGGAGGCCUUACAUCGAGAACAGAUGCUGGAACAGAAAUUGGCCACUCUUCAACGAUUACUAGCCAACACCCAAGAGGCAUCAGACUGUAGCUGGCAGGCUUUAAUCGAUGAAGAUAGGCUGCUAUCAAGGUUAGAAGUAAUGGGUAAUCAGUUACAAGCUUAUUCAAAGAACCAAACUGAAGAUGGGAUAAAGAAGGAGAUGGUGUCAUUACAAGAAGACAAACACAACUAUGAGACAACAGCCAAAGAGUCCCUUAGGCGGGUCCUUCAGGAGAAAAUAGAAGUACUCCGCAAGGUCUCAGAAGUGGAGCGAAGUCUGAGUAACACUGAGGACGAAUGUACUCAUCUGAAGGAAUUGAACGAUAGGACGCAAGAAGAGCUGAGAGAAUUAGCCAAUAAAUACAAUGGAGCUGUAAAUGAAAUCAAAGAACUAACUGACAAAUUAAAGCAUGCAGAAGGACGGCAAGAAGAGAUUCAGCUGAAUGCCACUUCCGAGAAAAAAGAGCUUCAGCACAGGAUAGAUGAAAUGGAAGAGAAGGAGCAAGCACUUCAGGCUAGAAUUGAGGCUUUGCAGGCUGAUAAUGAUUUCACCAAUGAACGGCUUACUGCCUUACAAGUGCGGAUAGAGCAACUUCAGGACAAAAAUUUAAAGGCACACAACAGUAUAGAGCACUUUCUAUUAAAGAAUGGCGGGGACUGCACCAAACAUUUCCAACAGUUCAUUGAGUGCAAGAGCAAGUUAAAAUCCUCAGUGGACUCAACCCAAAACAAUAGGAUCUCAGGCUUGGAAGGUGUGCUUGAUUCUCAUCUAGAAAAUGACCAAACCACAGAAGAAUUACAGAGCAAUUCAGAAAGAUUAAAAGACCAGCUUAUAGCAGAAGAUCAUCUUACCAAAGUUAGGGAAGAAACAAAGUUAUUGAAAGAAAAUCAACCCGAAACAAAGGAAUCUGACAUGUCUGACACACUCAGCCCAAGUAAGGACCGAAGCGGCGACGAUACUACAGAUUGCCAAAUGGAUGAACAGGAGCUGAAUGAAUCUUUGAAUAAAGUUUCAUUACUAAAAGAUGAGCUGCGACGUGUUCGUGUGGAAACUGGGGAGUCAGAGCAUGAGAUACAGGUAUUACACAAAGAGCUGAAGGAAGCACAGGACUUGGCCAGGACCAGCAAAGAAAAAUCCUUUGAAUUGCAAGCGCUGCUUGAAGAGGGAAGAAAGAUUAAUAAACAGCAAGCCGAGCAAUCUGCCAGACGGAUCCAAUUUCUGCAAGUUCAGCUGUCUGACAUGGAGAAGAAUAUUGAUAUUCUUACAAAGGAAAAGGAUGCUGAAAUUGCCGUUGCCCACAGUCUGUUGGCAAGUGCUCAGAAAGAGAUGGUGGCUUUGCAACAAAUGGCAGUGGACACUGCAUUAGACCAUGAAAAUGAUAUUGCUAAACUCCAUGGGGAAUUGCGCAGUAUGCAUGUUGAGCUGGAUCGAUGCCGCCAAACUGCCUCUGAAUGUGAAACGGUAAUAUCAAAUCUUCAAGUCAAACUCUUAUUGCAGAGCCAGGAGCAAGAGGCUAAACAGAAAGAGGAAUCUAUCAAACUACAAGGUAAAUUGGAAGAGCUGCAAAAUCAGUACAAUGAUUUGCAAAAUGAAUACGGUGCCCUGAAACGAGAGAACACCACUUUGACAGGGAAGGUUCAGCAGUUUGAACAAGACCUUCAAAGUGCUCAGCAACAGAAUGCGGUGCUGAUCAAAAAUGUCAAUGGACUUGAGACUUGCCGUAAGGAACUGGAGGUUCAGGUAGGAACACUGAAGGAGCAGCAAGUGCGGGAGAAGCAGGAGUUCAGAAUCCAACUUGCAGAGACUGAGAAUGAGACUCGAAAUUUGGAGAAACAGUACGAAGCAAAUCGGACAAUAUUUGUGGAGGUGAAGGAGAAGCUCAAUAGAACUGAACAUGAGAAACAGGCUAUGAUGGAAGAACUCAAAGAGUGUAAAGAAAAUCUGAAGAUGCUACAGGAGAAGGGAAACAACAGACGAAUGCUGAAGUGGAUGCCAGUAAUGGCCGUGCUGGUUGCUGUGACAGUGGUAGUGUUGUACCCAGGGCUAAAUAGGGCCUCGCCCUGAAUAUGCUCAGUGUCUCAUAACCACAGAAUGUCCUCCCUAUUGACACUGGCUUUCUUUUACCACUGGGAAAAGCAGACUGGUUUCCUUCCUUUUUACCUCUAACAAAAACACAGCUGUUCCAGAGUAUGACAGUAGGGUCUUUGCUUGAACUGUAUAAAAUGUAAUUGUACAUAGAGGGAAUAAAAUUUCUGAAUGGAUUCUA